AUGCAUCGGUGCAUUAUGUAUAUCUCGUCUGUCGAUAUCUAUCUAUCUAUCUAUCUAUCUAUCUAUCUAUCUAUCUAUCUAUCUAUCUAUCUAUCUAUCAAUCAUUCUUUCUUUUUGCAUGGCAUUGAUGGCUGUAACUCUUUGAAGACGGCAUUGCCUGAGCUCAACUCACUCUUUCCCUACUCAUCCUUUUUCACCUCACCCUUUUCCCACUCACCCUUUGGCAAUUCAUCCUUUCCCUACUCACCCUUUCGCUACUCACCAUUUCCCUACUCACCCUUUCCCAACUCACCCUUUCUCGACUCACCCUUUCUCCUCACCAUUUCCCUACUCACCCUUUUCCAACUCACACUUUCUCGACUCACCCUUUUUCAACUCACCUUUUCCUUACUCACCCUUUUUCAACUCACCCCUUCUCAAAUCACCCUUUCCUUAAUCAUCCUUUCCUUACUCACCCUUUUUCAACUCACUCUUUCUCAACUAACCCUUUCUUAUUUCACCCUUUCUCAACUCAUUCUUUUUCUAAUCACUUUUUCUUUCUUUUUCAACUCACCCUUUCUCUACUCAUCCUUUCACAACUCACCCUUUCUCAACUCACCCUUUUACAACUCUUUCUUAAUUCACCAUUUUUCAACUAACCCUUUCUCAACUCCUCCUUUCUCAACUCUCACUUUCUCAACUCCCUCCUUUUGA